AUGGGGAAUAAGCAGGUUACAAAUGGAGAUGAGUCAAACAGUACAUCUAAUCAAAAGAACGGUUAUAAGCUGAAUAACGUUAACACAAAGCAUACUAAAAAACAAAAAGCAUCGCCGCCGGAGGAUGCGGUCACAAUAGAGGAACUUAUAGAUGACUCGAAAGAGAACAAAAUCGAGGAUUCAGAGCUCAUCACAGAAGCACCAACAAUACGAGUUGUUCCUCCUCUCAACUUUUGCCCAGUAGAGAAGAAUUUAUACAGAUCUGGACAGCCAUCUGCACUAAAUCAUUCAUUCUUAGAACAGCUUCACUUAAAGUCUAUAAUAUGGCUUGCAAUAGAAGAUCCACAGGACAAUUUUCUUAAAUUCAUCGACGACAAUCAUAUCAAUCUUUUCUGCAAUCUAGGGUACGAUUCAGUGGAAUCAAACUCUUGGGAUGGUCUCUCCGAAUCAUCGAUCAAGCAGGCUCUUGAAAUUAUUGCAGACAGGAGAUACCAUCCGUUGCUUGUAUGCUGUGGAAUGGGCCGCCACAGAACAGGUACUGUUAUCGGGUGCUUAAGAAAGCUUCAAGGAUGGAAUUUCGCCAGUGUAAGUGAGGAAUACAGGCGAUUCACUGGACCUAAAGGAGGGAGAAUUCUGGUAGAGCUUCUAAUUGAGGCAUUUGACGUGAGUACCAUAAGAAUAGACAAGAAGUACGCUCCAGACUGGCUGUUGAGAUAG